AUGGGUGCAGGGUCGGAGGGGGAGCUACGCGCCCUCGGGCAGGCGUUCAUGAUGAUUAUCGUCAGCGAGAUUGGGGAUAAGACGUUUCUCAUUGCGGCGAUACUCGCUAUGCGCCACCCGCGCUGGACGGUCUUUUUAGGCGCAUUCGGUUCACUUGUAGUGAUGUCGCUCCUCUCUGCAGAACUGGGUCAUCUCCUCCCAGCAUUGUUCAUCCCCCACCGAUGGACCCAUGCUCUCGCUGCGCUUCUCUUUCUCGUCUUUGGCGCUAGGAUGGCGAAGGAAGGGUGGGAGAUGCCCUCCGGUGCAGGGAAGAUAAAGGAAGAGAUGGGCGAGGUAGAGCUCGAGCUGGCAAAAUCCGGGGAUGGGGCUGACGUGCUCCCCUAUUCUGCUACUCAUCCCGGAGCGGAAGAGGAAGCAGUAGGAGGAGGGGGCAUGGAUACCCAGGGAACGGGGUUCAAGGAGGGAGCGGCGAACCUCGCUCGGCUGGUGUUUGGCCCUGUGUUCGUACAGAGCUUUGUGCUCACGUUCCUUGCGGAAUGGGGGGACAGGAGCCAGAUUGCGACUGUCGCACUCGGAGCGGCGCACAACGUGUACAUCGUCACCUUGGGUACUGUGAUCGGACACUCGGCAUGUACUGCACUCGCAGUCCUAGGCGGUCGGUACCUAAGCACAAAAAUAUCCGUAAAGCACAUCACCCUAGGAGGAGCGGCGCUGUUCGGUAUCUUCGGCAUUAUGUACGCGUACGAAGCGUGGGUUGGAGCACCGCUCAUCAUCCCCGAUCUGCCUGGAUCUGUACCGGGCGUGGGAGACGCGGCGGAGGCGUUGCCGGGUGUUGUUCGCUGA